UCCUUGUUAUCUGAGAAAACCCACCUUGGCAUUACAUUGAUUUUCCUUGGAAAAACCCUCUUUCUUCGUUUUUGUCAUCUCUCCCUGAAAAAAAGGAAAAAAAAAAAAAAAAUUUCCCUCCCUUUCUUUCUCUUCUGCAAUCGACCUUUCGAAUUCUCCUCCAUCGGAAGGCCCGUUAACCUUUUAGGGUUUCUUCUCCGUUUGCUACUGAGCUCAUCCAAUCCGCUUUACAGGAUGGAAGCUCAGGAGCAUAAUGAGCAUACUCAAGAGAAGAAGAUGCUUCCACCCCCUGUUGGAACCUUUCAGACUCGUGAAGAACUUAUUAAACAUGUCCGUGACUUUGCCCUGACACAAGGAUACAUGGUUUCCAUUAGGGACUCUUCCAAGGACAGAUAUGUGACACUGGCUUGUGAUAGAGGUGGGGUUUAUCGCAAGAGGCUCAAAACUGGUGAAAACUUGCGGAAAAGGAAAUCGGAAUCACGCCUUACAAAUUGCUCAUUCGAAGUUGUCGGCAAAAAAGAUGAUGACAUAUGGAUACUCAGCAUUAAAAAUGGAGUACACAAUCAUGAAGCUUCAAAUGAUACUUCUGAUCACCCUUCCUGUCGCCGUUUUAGUGAAGAAGAGGUAAAAAUAAUAAGAGAACUGACUGCAGCUGGUAAACGGCCACGCCAAAUCCUCAAGGCUUUGAGGCAAAAAAACCCAAAUCUAGUAUCAGAUUCCAGAAAUGUUUACAAUGUUAAAGCAAAGAUCCGUAGAGAAAUGGUAUCAGGCAAGAAGAUGGGGUCCUCAGGCGGUGUGGCCACUACAUUGACAACACUAUCGGAACCAAUGGUCCAGAACGGCGUUGCAGGAACAGGGUCUUCUCAGGCGUAUUUGGAGAGAAAAGCAGUGACUGAUACAAGGGCUUUGGCAGCGGAGCUGUGCCGUCAUUUCUACACUCUGGGGUGGUUUUCUGGUACGGGAGGCAGCAUUGCCAUCAAGGUCCAUGAUGAUGCCAUUCCUAAGCCUUCACAACUCAUUGUCACUUCCCCAUCUGGUGUUCAGAAGGAAAGAAUGGUUACUGAGGACAUGUAUGUGCUAUCUUCAGAUGGAUUUAUAUUAUUGGCUCCUGUCCUCAAGGCUUACCCUCAUAUGCCUCCCCAGUGUACUGAUUGUGCUCCUCUCUUCAUGAAGGUUUUUGAGAUGUGUGAUGCAGGGGCUGUUAUUCACAGCCAUGGAAUGGAGUCUUGUAUUGUAACAUUGAUUAACCCUUUAUCAAAGGAGUUCCGAAUCACUCAUAUGGAGAUGAUAAAAGGAAUUCAGGGGCACAGUUAUCAUGAUGAGCUUGUGGUCCCAAUAAUUGAGAACGCUGCCCAUGAAGGGGAACUCAUAGAGUCCCUAGUUGAAGCUAUCAGUAUUUACCCCAAAACAACUGCUGUACUAGUUCGCAAUCAUGGGGUGUUUAUAUGGGGCGGCUCAUGGAUUAGUGCAAAAACUCAGGCUGAAUGCUACCAUUAUCUCUUUGAUGCCGCUAUCAAGCUUCACCAGUCAGGGUUGGACUGGACCACUCCAAGUCAUGGUCCUAUUUGCAAUGUUAAUGGAUUUAGGGGAUGCGGUGGGAAUUACAACAGAGCUCUGAAGGCAGGGCCUCUCAGUUUAAAUUACAUGACUGAGCCAUCCCAACAUUGUAUACUUCUUGACAUUGAAGGCACAAUAAUUCCUAUAUCAUUUAUAAGUGAUGUUCUUUUUCCAUACACCCAUGAUAAUGUGGAAAAGCAUUUAGCGGCAACCUAUGACAGUGAAGAAACUCAAAUUGAUAUUAGUUUGCUGCGCUCUCAAAUUGAGACUGAUUUGGAACGAGGUAUUACUGGUGCUGUGCCAAUUCCUCCAGAUUAUGUUGGGAAAGAGUUAGUUAUUGGUUCUGUAGUUGAAAAUGUAGUAGCAAUGAUCAAGAAUGGCAGGAAAGUCGCUGCACUGAAACAACUGCAAGGUCAUAUAUGUAGAACUGGAUUUCAGAGAAAUCAGUUGGUGGGUGUUGUAUUCGAUGAUGUUGCAGAAGCUCUUGAAAGGUGGCAAAAUUCAGGCAUUAAGGUGUACAUAUAUUGUAGUGAUAGUAGAGAAGCACAGCAACUUCUUGCAAAUUCUAAUUAUGGGGACUUGAGAAAGUACUUCUGCGGAUAUUUUGAUACCACAGUAGGAAACAAAGAGGAAAUUCGUAGUUACUUAGAGAUUUUGCGAAUGGUGGGAGUAGAUAAGCCGACAAACAUUUUGUUUGUGACCGAUAUCUUCCAAGAAGCUUCAGCUGCAAGGGAUGCAGGUUUGGAAGUGAUGAUGUCCAUCCGGCCAGGAAAUGCUCCUCUUCCACAGAAUCAUGGAUUUAGGACAAUUGAGUCCUUGUUGGAAAUUUAAUGCUCGGUUUGGUCUUGAUAAUUUUGCAAUAUUUCCAAAUGUACAUAAUUUUGAAUUAUAUGCACAUUUAUAUCUGGUGGAAUCUAUUUUCAAAUGUACAUAAUUUUGAAUAUAUAAUUGUAAAUAUUAUAAUA